AUGCAGCUGGUAUCGGAGCACGCACUACAGGCGCAGGACUUCAUUACGAUGCACGCGGAGAUGGAGCAGUGCCUCUCCACCGUCCCCAUCCAAACCCUCCCUGAACCCCUCACCUCCAAGCUCACGGCGAUGCGGCAGCAGCUGCUGAACACGCCCUUCACGGAGUGCAUCACGCCCGCCAUGCGCGCGCAGCUGCAGCUGCUGCUCUCCUCCGCCGCCUCCCCCUCCCCCGCGCUCAAGGACGCGCCCGGCUCCGACGUGCUCGCGUUCCAGCUCGCGGAGGCGCUCGGCCUGGGGCUCUCCGCGGAGGCCGCCAACCCGGGCGCGCUGCGCCGCGAGCAGGAGGCGCUGGCGCUGGAGAAGCGCAAGGCGCAGGAGGGGCGCGACCUGGCGCAGGCGAAGGUUGUGGAGCAGUUAGGCGCGCAGGAGGGGCGGGAUAUCGCACAGGCUAAGGUGGAGGUGAGAGUGAGGGCGGUGGAACUGCGGACUGGGCAGAGAAGGGGAAGGGGGUGGGAGGAGAGAGGGGAGAAAUAUGGGAUCGGUUUGAAACGGGCGCAGGAGGCGCAGACUUGCGCAGCAGGGGAGCGGUGUUUCGCGUAUUACGUUAGGCGCAGCAGGGGAGCGGUGUUUGACAGUAUAGAGUUCAGCGGGGAGAGAAAGGAGAGGCGGCGAGAGCUGGGGUGCACAGGGGAUGAAGUGGAGAUAGUGCUGGUGCUGAUACGCAUGGAGGCGGAAGUGGCACCCCAUGCACGCCCACACUCCCCUCACAUCCCUCUCUUGUCCUUCCCUCCCCAUGCACGCCCACACAUAGUGCUCAUAGUGCUGGUGCUGAUGCGCAUGGAGCGAGAAGUGGCUGCCCGCGCAUCCCCGAACCCCGCUCAUAUACCCUCUCUCGUACCCUCCCUCCCCUCCCUAUUCACCCUGCCAGAUAGUGCUGGUGCUGAUGCGCAUGGAGCGAGAAGUGGCAGCGCGCAGAGAGAAGCAGAAGCGCGCCGCUGA